AUGGCACCAUGCACAGCUAAGGAAAAACAGAGGAUGUUGUUACCUACUACUGUGACAUGGCCAACUGACAGUCAUGCUACAGAGGUGGAGAAUGCAGAGGGUCAAUCAGCUGAGAAUAACCAAUUGUACACUGUCAAGGGUGGGCCUGCCAUGAUAUCAACAGCAGCAGCAGAACCUACCACAUCUUCCUCCACAUCCAAGGAAAGAACUCAGGAUGACUCCAAUGAAAUUGAUGAGCUCAUAAGCAUGUUGAAGACCAACACCCUCGCAUUCUAUGGCACCAGAGUGCAACUCACCUCUCAUGUGGAAUUCUUCCAAGGUGGUUUUUCUGGCAACAUCACAGUCAUGAAAGACAGUGGCAAUGAAAUGAUGGAACUGCUUAUCAGUGGGAUCUUUCAGGUCGACUGUCAAAACUUUUUCAUGGGCCCCAAGGGAGCAUACAUGCCCUCAGGGGCUUUCAACUGUCAACUUAUUGCUGUUCAGAAAGAUGCUGCCUUUAAGACUGCCUGCACAGAUUUCCCUGCAAUAGUAGGAAAUGUCAGGGCUCUGGAAAAACUCAUCCCAUCCAAGAAGGGGACAACAUUGGCUUCUUGCAUCUGUGAGGCCAACAGUGUCACCUCUAUCCAGGUCAGCCACUCCUUGUUCAUGAAGAAAGACAAGAAUGUGGAUCCAGACACAGCUAGUGUUGAGGCAAUGACACACAUGGUUUGCCUCUUGCCAGCAGUCGAUCAAAAUCAUGCAGCCAUUGCACCCAGUGACUACCUACGAAAGGAUAAAAAGUCUGUGUUCAGCGGCAUGCUGUGUGAGAUGGUGGUGCUAUGUGAACCUCCCCCCCCACCUAUGAACCCUCUGAAAAGAUCUGUGUAUGGUGGUGGUCCAUCAUUUUCCCACAUGCCAACCACGAAGAAAUUAUGCCAAACUUAA